GACGCAGCGGCUGCGUAGGCGGACGGCAACGGACACGGACACGGAUAACCUCUGCGAGCAGAUGGAUCCGGGCCGGGUGCGGACGCUGCCGCUCCUGCUGGGGGCCUGGUCCUGGGCGCUCAUGGGGACCCUCGCGGCGCGCACCGGACCCGUCCGCGGGGUCACCGCGUGGCCAGGCCUCCUGGGGGGCGUCGUCGCCAACGUGCACGUCAGCCACCCGGGGCGGUCGGGCCACCACUCGCCGACGGCCAAGCAGGCGGACGCUGCCGCCGCCGACCUGACGACCGCGGCGCAGACCUACGCCCAGUACGACCACUUCGACGCCCGCGCCCCGCACCAGCCCGUCAGCGUGUACCAGGAGUUCCGGCUGCAGCAGCACCACCCGCCCUCGGCACAGUACACGACGCCGCCGGACACGGUCGCCGACACCACCACGUUCGCGCCGACGUACUACUCGGAGCAGACGGGCGCGGCACCGCCGGCGCCGCCGCAGCCCGCCCUCCACACCUACGCGCCGCACGCCGCUCAGGAGCCGACGCCCGCCGCGUCCAGCCCGCGGCCGGCGGCCAAGAGCCUCGGCCACCACGAGAGCACCCUCCACCACGAGCUGCAGAUGCAGCUGUCGCAGCAGAUUCAGGUGCAGCUGGAGCAGCUGCAGAAGUUGCACGAGCUGCAGCACAAGAUGCUCAAGGUGCCCAAGGAGACGGCGCAGCCGGCGGCCCAGCCUCAAGCCGUGCAGCAGAGCUCGGAGCACGUCAACAGACACGUCCCUCCACCCAACCUCGUUCAGCAACACCACCAGCACCAGCCGGCCGCGCAGCAGGGCUCGGAGCACGUCCCCAGGCACGUCCCGCACCCCGAGCAGAGCCACCACCACCACCAGCAGCAGCCGGUCACCGCCGCCAGCCCCGUGGUGUACGCGCCCAUCGCCACGCCGUCGCCGCCGCCGCUGACGGAGCCGCGCUACCCAGAGGAGAGCCAGCCGCUGCACUCCUUUAUCGGGGAGACUACGUCGGCUCCCAUCGGAGGCGCCAUCAGCAACGGCUUCCAGCCCAUCCUGCCUCCGGCGGGACGGCAGCCCGACGCGCAGCACCCGGGCGCCGACGUGGACACCGAGUUCCAGCCCAGCUUCCAGCCCUUCACCGAGGACGCCACCGACCCCGCGCUGCCCUUCUACCUACUCCCGCCCGCCGAGGACAGCGACUCGCAGUUUAACAGCCUCCGAGAGACGGCCGUGGACGCGCCGGCCGCGGAGCUCGGAGACCCAGACAUCAACGACACGUCCGAGUCGACGGCGUCCUCCGAGCUCGACGCCGUCCAAGCCUACCGGCACCCGGUGCGCGGCAGACACAGGCUGCGACCUCCCCGGUGAGAACCAUGAGUGUCGCAAGACCCGCGGAAGCCGUGCGCCGCGAGCGCCGCUGCGGGCGUCGCCCCGCCGUGCCGCCUCCUCGCCGAGGCCCCCGCCCCC